GAUAUCUCUGACUGUAAUAUGGUAUUUUACUUCCAUCCAAUGUUUGUUCCUUCUGCUUUCCAUGCCAGCAAAUAAUCUUGCACUGGAAAUCAAAUGCAUGGAAAGCGAAAGACAAGCCCUGUUAUCCUUGAAGCAAAACCUCAUAGAUAGAUAUGAUUUUCUCUCUUCUUGGAGAACACAAGCCAAUCCCAAAGCCAAUGAUGAUUGUUGCAAUUGGAGAGGUGUUGGUUGUAGCAACAAUACAGGUGCUGACCAUUAUAAUAUCAUAAGCCUUGAUCUUCACAAUAAAGGUUUGAUGGGUGAGGUUGGUUCUUCCUUAACUCAAUUAUUGCAUCUCACCUACUUAGAUCUUAGUUAUAAUCAGUUUGAUCAAAUCUUGAUUGAGGAUAUUGGUUCUCUUAUCAAUUUGAAUUACCUCAACUUGUCCUAUAACAAGUUGAGUGGAAGUAUUCCUCAAAGUUUGGGACAAUUAUCCAACUUAGAGUAUUUGAAUCUUCAGUCUAAUUUAUUGGAGGGUGAAGUUUCUGAAGUUCAUUUCUCAAAGCUUAAAAAUUUAAAAGCUUUGGAUCUAUCUGACAACUUGUUGAGAUUAACCUUCAACUCAGCUUGGGUUCCUCCUUUUCAACUGCAAUCAAUAAGUUUGAGAAAUUGUACAUUGGGCCCAUAUUUUCCCAAAUGGCUUCAAACACAAAAGUUCUCUGUUCUUGAUAUUUCAGAAAACAGAAUUUCAGACAAGAUUCCCAGAUGGUUUUGGAAUAACUUGUCCCCAAACUUAUUGUUUCUUGAUGUUUCCAACAAUCAUAUCAAGGGGGAAAUCCCAAAUUUGUCCUUGAAAUUCAAAAGGAUGCCUGUGAUCAUUUUGGGAGUGAAUGAAUUUGAGGGUAAAAUUCCAGCCUUUCUUUUUGGAGCACAAAACCUUGACCUUUCGACAAAUGAAUUUUCAGACAUAUCUGGUUUGUGUGAAGUCAACUACUCGUCCCCUUUAUAUCUCUUGGAUACUUGCGGCAACAAAAUGUCUGGCCAACUCCCUAAUUGUUGGAACCAUAUGCUCAAUUUAGAAUCCUUAAGUUUGGCCUAUAAUUAUUUUUCUGGAGACAUUCCACAGUCUUUGAGUAAUCUCACAAGACUGAAAUCUCUAAAUUUGCGAGAGAAUUAUUUCUCCGGGGAGUUUCCUUCUUGGUUUAACUUCACAGAUUUGACACUCUUUGAUGCAGUUGACAACAAUUUAUCUGGAAAUUUACCGUCAUGGAUCGGAUCAAGAUUGCCAAAUUUGGUUCGUUUGCUUCUCAAGUCAAAUCACUUUCAUGGAAACUUACCUUCAAGUCUUUGCAACCUCAGAAGGAUUGAAGUAUUGGACAUUUCACUCAAUUAUGAUAUUUCAGGAAGCAUACCAACUUGCAUCUAUAAUUUUGAUGUCUUGACAAAAACGUUUAAUCCAUCAACUGUUCCUGAUUACAUGAGAGAUUUGGUCAUGAUGUGGAAAGGCAAAGAGAUGGAAUUUCAUGGUAGAAAUUUACAGCUUCAAAGGAGUAUUGACCUGUCUAGCAACCGUCUGACAGGAGAAAUUCCUAAAGAAAUCACACAGCUUGUUGGUUUAAUUUCUUUGAAUCUCUCGAGGAAUGAGUUAACAGGUCAAAUUCCUUACAACAUAGCUCAACUUCAAUCGUUGGAUUUUUUGGAUCUAUCGAGAAAUAAUUUGUGUGGUUCAAUUCCUUCUAGUUUUUCUCAAAUGCCCAGAUUGAGUGUGUUGGAUCUGUCCUACAAUAACCUUUCAGGAAAUAUUCCCAUUGGAACUCAACUUCAAAGCUUUCCAAUUUCUUCCUAUGAAGGCAACCCUUUUCUUCAUGGAGAUCCAAUUAAGAAGUGGGAGCUGAGCAACAACAAUAAUACUCAUGUUGAGGAUAAUAAUGAAACUGAAGACAAAUUCCUAAUGCUAGAUCUGCUUAUUGCCAUUUCUUCUGGAUUUAUAAUUGGAUUUUGGGGAAUCUUUGGCAGUCUUCUACUCUUUAAGAGAUGGAGAUAUACCUACUUUAGGUUUUUAAGAAAUAUAAUUGAGAAAGUUUUCUGAAGGAAAUUAAGACCAGUUGUUUCAAGCAUGGAAGUUAGUUAUUUGGCUUGCUGUUUCGCCUUAGUUUGUAGGUUUUCCGUAUCAUUUAGCUUGUUAUUCAUCUUCAAUUUUAAUAGUGUGCAUUAUUCUCUUUCUAUUUUAUCAAUAAAAAUUUUAUUUUCGAAAAAGAAGAACAAAAAGAAGAAGCAUGUUGUUUAGCAAAGAAUUUUCCCAUUUGGUUAAUUGAAGUUAUUAAGAAAAAUUUGAUUCAUUCUAAGCAUAGGUUAACUGGGUUAAAAUCGACAUAGACAAU